UGAUGAUGGGUGAAAGUUGUGAGGGGUAUCAUGUUGUCCUGAAGUGACUCAAGAUCACAGCUACAGAAGCUGAAUUUGCAUGCUGGUCAGUGGACUCCCUGAAUCCAGAGAAGGUUUAUGCCAGGUUACAUGGAUAUGUAUUUUCCAGUGAAGUUGUAAGGAUGUGUGUGAGUCCAAUCCAUAUACAUAUUUACUUUUAGUUCCUCUGUAGCAAUGAGAUUAAUGUAUCAAACUAUAUCAUCUGGAGACAGAGGAUGUUUGUUAUUUUAAUUUAGUUUUCAUGGUGUGUGAAUUUGAGAACAUGGACAAGUCAAGAAGACCCCUAAUAUUGGUGUCCCUUUUAAUAGUAUUAGCUAAUGAUGUAAUGUCUGGGGUCUCCAACAUGUUGCACCCAAUUCUGAGUAGCUCGUCUAAAGUUUCACAGAAUAUGUACAAGCUGAUUUAAUCAAAUUGACUCAAUAAACCCCCUUUUCUGGUGUACCGUAAUUGGACUCCCCAGACAAAUCAUAAUCCUCUGGACGUGCACGUGCAUCACACAAUUUAAUACGGCCACUUAUCGAUCAGUUUUACACACAGCUAGCACCAAGACCAUAAAUAGAAGCAUUAUAUAUACUUAAAUCUAUAAGCACAAAUUGAAUUAGUUUGGAUAAAGUACUUUAAAGUAGUCUGAAGUAGUUUGGAUAGUUUGGGGCAGUGGUAGCUCAAGUGGUUAAGGCUCUGGGUUAAGGCUCUGACCGGAAGAUCAGGGUUCAAGCCCCAGCACUGCCAAACUGCCACUGUUGGGCCCCCUGAGCAAGGCCCCAACCCACCCUGCUCCAGGGGUGCUGCAUCAUGGCUGACCUUGCACUCUGACCCCAACCCCCAAGGAUGGGAUAUGCAAAGAAAGAAUUUCACUGUGCAGUAAUGUAUAUAUGACAAAUAAAGACAACUUUACUAACUUAACUUAAAUAAAGGCUAAAGAAAUCACAUUCCAUUCAACUUGGAAGCUUCUGGGGAAUCCAUAGCAUUAGGUAUAAAGCUAUGAUGCUGGCAAAGUAAAACUGAUGAAUGAAUCUAUCCUGCUGCACGAAGAUGCAGGACGAAUUUGCUGUAGACAUUUCUUAUUAGUGCAGGUGAUGUUUUGUAGUAAAGUACUGUUUAAUGUUUCCCAUUGCAACUGCAUAUGAAUGCCAUAAACAUACUACUAUUUAACCACAUAAAGUCCAAUACAAUGUCAGGUUUCUGUUUCCAAAAUUAAUAUUACCUUCAAUGUCAAAGUGUUUCCUUUUUUACGAAAAAGUCUUUUUCAUCCUUGUCAUCAGGGUGUGUGCUAUGGGACUUGAGUAACAUUUUGCUGAUAAAUACUGUAACAGAAACUGACAAUAAUAACUGUGUGACUUUCAGACUGCCACAGAAUCUUCUGGCACAAUACCAAGGAAAAGGUUAUAGUGGUCAGAAAUAAUCAUGAAAAAAUGGUAGUCAGAGACGGUUAAGGUUUUUUUUUCCUUUAGAGACAUGUAUUUUGUUUACUGUCUGGUUAUGAAAAAUAUUAUAUGGGAGAAGUAUGUCUAGGUAUUGAAUCUAGCCAUGGGGUCACAGUCCAGUGACUUCUAUGCCGGUCCCAAGCCCGGAUAAAUAGAGAGGGUUGCAUCAGGCAUCCAACGUAAAACACUGGCAAAUUUAACCAUGCGAAUAGUCAGUACUCUGAAUUUCAUACCGGAUCGGUCGAGGCCCGGGUUAACAACGACCGCCAUCGGCACCGUUGACCUACAGGGCGGCGGUGGAAAUUGGGCUACUCUUGGUCGAAGAAGUAGAGGAGGGAGGAGAGUGCAUAGACAGAGAGAGAAGAGGAAAGGUAAGAGUGUAGGACUGAGAAUAGGAACUCAAUGUUGGUACUAUGACAGGGAAAGGUAGAGCACUGGCUGAUAUGAUGGAGGAAGGAAGGUGUACUGUGUGUACAGGAGACCAGGUGGAAGGGUAGCAAGGCUCGUAGUAUAGGAGCAGGAUUCAAGCUGUUUUAUUAUGGCGUGGAGUCUGAAAUUAGAGGUUGAAGGGGUGAUGUUGAAUGUUGUUAGUGGUUAUGCCCCACAGGUAGGUUGUGAGUUAGAGGAGAAAGAGAUUCUGGAGGGAAUUAGAUGAGGUGAUAGAGAGUAUUCCCACAGGUGAGAGAGUGGUGAUAGGAGCAGAUUUUAAUGGACAUGUUGGUGAGGGGAACACAGGUGAUGAGGGGGUGAUGGGCAAGUUUUGAGUUAAGGAAAGGAACCUUGAAGGACAGAUGGUAGUGGACUUUGCUAAGAGGAUGAACAUGGCGGUGGUUAGAACUUAUUUGUAGAAGAGGGUGGAGCAUAGAGUGACUUACAAGAGUGGAGGUAGGAGCACACAGGUAGACUACAUCCUAUGUAGAAGAGGCAAUCUGAAAGAGAUUAGUGACUGUAAAGUGGUAGUGGGAGAGAGUGUAGCCAGACAGCAUAGGAUGGUGGUGUGUAGGAUGACUUUGAUGGUCUGUAAGAAGAGGUCAGAGAUAGAGAAGAAAACCAAGUGGUGGAAGCUGAAAAAGGAGGAAUGUUUUGAGGAAUUUAGACAGACGUUGAGGCAGGCUCUGGGUGGUCAGGUAGUGCUGCCAGAUGACUGGGAAACUACAGCAGAAGUGAUCAGGGAGACAGGAAGAAAGGUGCUGGGUGUGUCAUCUGGAAGGAGGAAAGAAGAUAAGGAGACUUGGUGGUGGAAUGAGGAAGUUCAGGAUAGUAUUCAGAGGAAGAGGUUAGCCAAGAAGAAGUGGGACAUGGACAGGACUGAAGAGAAUAGACAGGAAUACAAGGAGUUACAACGCAGAGUAAAGAGGGAGGUGUCUAAGGCCAAGCAGAAGGCAUAUGAUGAGUUGUACACUAGGUUAGACACUAGAGACGGAGAGAAGGACUUGUACAGGUUAGCUAGGCAGAGGGAUCGAGAUGGGAAGGAUGUGCAGCAAGUUAGAGUUAUUAAGGAUAGAGAUGGAAAGGUGCUCACAAGUGAGGAGAGUGUACAGAGGAGAUGGAAGGAGUACUUUGAAGAGCUGAUGAAUGAGGAAAAUGAGAGGGAAAAAAGAGUAGAAGAGGUGAACUCUGUGGAACAGAAAGUAGAUAAGAUUAGAAAGGAUGAAGUCAGGAAGACUUUGAAGAGGAUGAAAAGUGGAAAGGCAGUUGGUCCUGACGACAUCCCGGUGGAGGUCUGGAAGUGUCUAGGAGAGGCAGCAGUGGAAUUUUUAACUAGGAAUGGAGAAGAAGUGUAUUAGUGCCGAUCUUAAAGAAUAAGGGUGAUGUGCAGAGUUGCAGCAACUAUAGGGGGAUAAAGUUGAUGAGCCAUACAAUGAAGCUAUGGGAAAGAGUAGUGGAAGCUAGGUUAAGGAAGGUACUGGAAAUUUGUGAGCAGCAGUAUGGCUUCAUGCCCACAAAGAGCACAACAGAUGCAAUUUUUGCUCUGAGAAUUUUGAUGGAGAAGUAUAGGGAUGGUCAGAGAGAGUUGCACUGUGUGUUUGUAGACUUGGAGAAAGCGUAUGACAGGGUGCCAAGAGAAGAGCUGUGGUACUGAAUGAGGAAGUCAGGAGUAGCAGAGAAGUAUGUAAGAGUGGUGCAGAACAUGUAUGAGAGGAGCAGGACAGUGGUGAGGUGUGCUGUAGGGCAGACAGAGGAGUUCAAAGUGGAGGUGGGACUGCAUCAGGGAUCGGCUCUGAGCCCCUUCCUGUUUGCUGUGGUGAUGGACCAGUUGUCAGAGGAGGUCAGACAGGAGUCUCCUUGGACAAUGAUGUUUGCAGAUGACAUUGUGAUCUGUAGUGAGAGCAGGGAGCAGGUGGAGGAAAACCUGGAGAGGUGGAGGUUUGUGCUGGAGAGAAGAGGAAUGAAAGUCAGUCGUAGUAAGACUGAGUACAUGUGUGUGAAUGAAAGGGAGGGAAGUGGAACAGUAAGAUUACAGGGUGAAGAGGUGAAGGAGGUACAGGAGUUUAAGUACUUGGGGUCAACAGUCCAGAGUAAUGGAGAGUGUGGGAAAGAGGUAAAGAAGCGAGUGCAGGCAGGUUGGAAUGGGUGGAGAAAGGUGUCAGGAGUUCUGUGUGAUAGAAAAAUAUCAGCGAGAAUCAAGGGUAAGGUGUACAGGACAGUGGUGAGACCGGCCAUGCUGUAUGGUUUAGAGGCAGUGUCACUGAAGAAGAGACAGGAGUCAGAGCUGGAGGUAGCAGAGCUGAAGAUGUUGAGGUUCUCUUUGGGAGUGACAAGGUUGGACAGGAUUAGGAACGAGUACAUCAGAGGGACAGCGCAUGUUGGACGUUUGGGGGACAGAGUUAGGGAGGCCAGAUUAAGAUGGUUUGGACAGAGGAGGGAGAGUGAGUAUAUUGGUAGGAGAAUGUUGGACAUGGAGCUGCCAGGAAGGAGGCAAAGAGGAAGGCCAAAGAGGAGGUUUAUGGAUGGAAAAAAUGAGGAUAUGAAGCUAGUGGGUGCAAGUGUUGAGGAUGCAGAAGAUAGGGAUAGGUGGAGAGAGAUGAUUCGCUGUGGCGACCCCUGAAGGGAAAAGCCGAAAGAAGAAGAUGUCUAGUAAAUAUGGGGAGAUUGUACAUAUUCAAACAUCUACAUGGUAAUUAGUUCAUAAUGAAGACAGUUACAUCUUUCUCUUAAAGGGUUUUGAGGAAGUUUGCCAAAUUUCCGGGAUGGCUGAAAGGAGUGCUGUGGAAGAGAAUAAUAGUCGAGAAGUAUUACAUCCAACUGUACUUCCUGCAGAAAUUAAGGACUGGGAUAAAGAACAUGUGAAGGCCUGGAUUCACAGAUUGACAAAUGUGGAAAAUGAAAAUGCUACGAUUCUGUAUGAGCAGGACAUUGAUGGACCAAGUCUUCUAUUACUGGAGACAUCUGAUUUUCUGGGUAUAGGCAUUAAACUGGGUCCAGCAAAGCUGAUUAUUCACCAUAGAGAUGAACUGAAGGCUUACCAUUUGGACAGUCUAGGAAGCCAGUCUGGUAAUGCAUGCAAGCCCUAUCCUUUUAAUCGAUUCCAUGCUGCCUACCGAUACAAGGAAAACAGUGUACUCGAUAUAACAGAAACAGGUACUCUCAACUUCAUAGAACCAUGUCAUGAGUACAAAGCAUUUAUUCAUUUCAAAAAUGUGACGUCAGAGGGUAAGCUGAAAAAGUUCACAGAUGAAGUUAUUAAAUUUGCUGCUGCUUGCAUGAACAGUCGUACUAAUGGUACAAUUCAUUUUGGGGUUGGUGAUUUACCAGAGUUCAGUCAUGGACAAAUUCUGGGUGCUAGUGUCGAAGACAAAGAAGCAUUUCUUAAGAAACUAGCAGAGGUCAUUAAUGGACGGUUUGAACACAAGCACACUGAUGUGGCAAAAAAAUGUAUCAAACCACCAAGGUUUGUUGAGGUUCUUAAACCAGAUAUGACAGUUUCAGGAAAAUAUGUUAUAGAAGUAGAUGUCGAGCCAUCCUUCUUAGUUUGUGAAGACAAGUGCUUUCACAUCUACAAUGUAGACUCAAAAAAAGCGAAAAAAUCUAAAAUCACAACUGAUGAAGAGGAAGGUGGCAAGUUCUUUUACAUUCGAGACAACAGCAGUAGCAGAAACCUUUUUGUCCAAUCUUCCUCCCCAAAGUUCUUAGAAGAGUACAGAAAGUAUGUUGAUAAUAUGGCAGAUCUGUCCCAGUCGAGGAAGAAAGCUGAGGAAGAGCGCCUCACUGUUGUUAAAAGUAGUGUGCAGGGUUCUAAGCUCUGUGAGAUGCUAACAGGAGGCUCACAGUCUCUGGACAAAUCUCACUUUGAGCGAUAUGUAUUAGUCACUAACAAAUCCCAUCCAGUUCAGAAAGAAUCUCUAUCAUUUCUUCUGGACAUGAACCUAACAGCUGUUUUGGACUUUGAUCCAGAAUCUGCUGAGACUGGCUUGAAUAAGCUAUUUGAAGAGAGAAACACAAAUGUUCAUUUGCCUAUGCAGUAUAAAAUCACAGAGCCAGUUGAGGACAUUGCAAGUAAGCUGAAGCUGACCAGAGCCACAAGCUGGGUUUUCUGUAAUGGAGGAGUAAAAGAUGAACCACCCUCUGAUGUGGCUAACUGGCUAACAGAGAAAGGGUCUUCUAUUCGAGAUGUUGUGUCGUUCCUCUGUCGAAAGGAUGUGCUGCCUCACAAAAAGUUUCUUAUCAUAUUCAUUCUGUUGAGUGAUGUUACUGACGGUCAUGAUCCUCUCCUUGAGACCUUCAGCAUGUUUUUGCAGGAGCUGAAGGGUACAGAUCAAAUCCUAUGCAUAUGUGAAAAUGAAGGAGCAUACACUUACUGGAAAGAUCUCAUUGAUGCACGAUAUAGAAUAAACAUUUCUAGAAGAUGCAUUUAUGAGCUCAGUUUUGCAGAGAUUAACGGUACUGUCCUCAGUCUGUGGUCAGAAAAUCGCAAAUCAAGUAGAUUUUUGCCUGGUGCUGGUGGUAAAGUUUUAUUACCAAAGAAAGUGGAGGGCAGCAUGGAUGCAUUGAAUGUUCUAUGUGUAAACCAAUGUGAGGGAGGCAAUGAAGACAAACUGCAACUGGAGGAAACAUUUUACAAGGGAGGAAAAGUUUCCUGGUGGAAUUUCUACUUUUCAGAACAGCAAGGAUCAACGCCAUUUAUCAAACGAGACAAGUUUGACUACAUCAUUGAUACUAUUAUUCCAGAUAUGUGCUCCCUCAGGCAAGUUUGUGUUCGCUUCAACAUACUCCAUAUUCCUGGCUGUGGAGGAACUACUCUGGCUAUGCAUGUUUUGUGGACAUUAAAACAAAAAUUUCGCUGUGCAGUUCUGAAGAACAAAGAUGUUCAUUAUGAAGAUGUAGCACAACAGGUAAUUACCUUGUUGACUUAUGAGACAAUGGAGCAUCAAACCCGGCUUCCAGUGCUGCUCCUGAUAGAUGACUUUGAAGAUUUUGAUGCUCUAAAUGAUCUCCAGCAGCACAUUGAAAGGGAAUGUCAAAAGAAAAAUGUAUCUGCCAAGUCUCCCCAAGUCAUCCUUAUGAACUGUAUGAGGUCCGAAUCACGGGAGCAGACUGAAGCAACAGAUGACACGGUUUUCAUUGGAAACAAACUUUCUGCAAAGGAACAAAAAUUAUUUGAGAACAAGCUAGAGGAAAUUGAAAAGAUUUACACAAAUGCUGAAACAUUCUACGGUUUCAUGAUCCUGAAGAAAGACUUUUCUCCAGACUACAUACAGGGUGUUGUGAAAAAUACACUGAAGGGCUUCAACUUUAAACAGAGGGAUGCUCAACUCAUUGCGGUUCUAGUACUCUUGAAUUGCUACUGCAAAAGCGCAAAGAUUUCAGUCUCUAUAUGUGAAGAAUUUCUUUGUCUUUCAACAAGGCCAGACUUGACUUCAUGCAGGGUUGAAGAUGGAUUGGGGAAGUUUUCUACACUUGUAACAAGAUGCACAGAAGACUUCAAGUUGGAGUUUCAAGCUAUGCGAGUGAUCCACUCAAGUAUGGCAGAACACUGUUUAAAGGAACUUAAAACUUCUUAUAAUUUAUCCCAAGCACAGAUCGCAGACUUUCUACUAACAACAGAAGUGUUUUAUAGUUGCAUUCAGGGAAAGGAAAAACUCAUGCAGGACAUUCGCUAUAUGUUGGUGAAAAGACAUUACUCAGCUGAGAGUGCCCCAGCAGAUUUUCAAUUUUCACCACUUAUCCAAACCAUUGCAAAGGAGACUCCAGGGUGCGAGGAAAAUGUUUUGCUUAAUGCCGCCAAACGCUUUGAAAAAGAUGCAGUAAUAUUGCAGCUCCUUUCCAGGUACCACUAUCUACAGAAAAAAGACUUUAGAGAGGCAAAAGUUUGGGCAAAGAAGGCAAGAGAUCUCCAGAGGGAUAACUCCUACAUUUGUGAUACAUCUGCACAAGUAAUUAAGCAUGAACUGAAAAAUGCUCUUAACAACGACAAAGAUGAUGAAAUAAGACCUGACAAAUUGAAAGAAUAUCUCAAAAUGGCUGAGUUUGCAACAGAGGCUUUCAGAGAAACCCAAGAAAUUGCUAGAAGGGAAGUUUCACUUCGAUAUAAAACAAAAAAAGACUUUAGCCCCUAUAACACAGCUGGUCGCCUUGGAGAGCUUGAAGUUGCCGUUAUGGUAAUAAAGAUACUGGAAAGAAUCCCAGUGUUUUCUUUAGAUAAGCUUCGUCGUGACAUUCUGAGUCAGGUUCUUUCCGGUAAAAUGAAAAUACAAGAUGUGGCCACACAUGACCCAAAAAGGCAAAAGAAUGCUUCAUAUUACCAAUUUUUGCGGGAUUUUUCAGAUCUUCUGUAUAACCUCAGAGACAACAUGAAGAAGCACUUUGAUUUUCUUGAUAGUUAUUCUGUCAACUUGAGCUCAUUUUACUCCCAAAAAGAUACACAAGAGCUCAGGACUAGAGAGAAGAUCUUUUUGUGCUUUCAACAGUAUGUUAACCUCUUCUGCAGUUCAGAGAAAAAAGAACUGAUGAAAAACAGUCCAUUGAACACCAUGCUCAAAAUUGAGAAAAUACGGCAAUGGCUGGAAAAAAACAAAGCUGAUUCCUACACUGGACUGCUUGAAUAUCUUUCAAGAGAACAUUUCAGAUCACCGAAAAGUACAGUUGAACAAGUCGUCAAUUAUUAUGAUUUUAUUCUGAGAAACUCUCCACCACAAAAUGACAGGCAUUUCAAGGACACAGUCAACUUUAUCUAUGCAAAUAUUGUUCUCAAUAAAAUUAGCCCUGAAUCUCGAAUUUUCCUUCCCUACAUGGACCUGCGUACACUUAUCUGCCGAACACUUCAACGCUGCACCCCUCUCAAUGACAGCUUAGCAUUGCAUUUUACUGCAGUGAUGAUGCUGUGGCCAGAGAACAUACCAGAACUUAAUUUGAGUGACAGGUUGGGAAGUUAUGUGUCACAGAUGAGAAGUUGUUUUUCAAAUGAAAUGAAACCUGUAUGCAAUGGUAAAAGAGCAGUUGUUCAUUUUUACCUUGGGAGGAAAAAAGGUUAUGAUCGCCUGCUCAUUCAGAAGGACAUUGAUUCAUGUGUGGGCUCACAGCAGACAAUGUCAAGAGAACUGCAAAAUGUAAAGAUAUGGGGGAAUGAAAACGUCCAAACUGAGCUCCGCAGAGUCACAGGAACUGUCUCUAGAAAUGGCAUUAUGGCAGACAUAGCAAAUCCAAAUGUGAAGGUUGCAGUAUGGCCAUUGUUUAAAAGUCAGUUGUGUGGAGAGCUGGGAGACCGUGUAUCAUUUUUUGUUGGAUUUACCAUGAAUGGUCCAGUUGCACUUGGAAUUCAGCCUGAGUCAUAGAUUUCUGAAUGGCCUUCACACCCAGACUUGUUCAAUACUGUGGUCAGUGUCCACCACAAAUUUGUAUCCUACAUUGUUACUAAAUAGGUUAAAGGGUAGCUGGCUGUAAUUGUAGAACAAUUUAGGCCUGUUGUGAAGCCUAGAUAAUUUACUGAAUUUGUUUUUUAUUAUUUUCUUAAUGCUUUUGUAAUAUUACACCAUAAUAGAUGUUAAUUAGUAUGUUAAUAUUCUAAUACAUUAUUGGUGGAAGAGAUUUUACACUUGCAUAUUAAUCACUGGGUCACUAGACCUAGUUCAGCUUUUCAGAUUAUUUUUUUUUUAUCCUGUACUGGUUUUGUUUUUAUAGUAUUUCUGGGUCACUUUAUGCUGUUUGCAGGUUUUUUUCUUUAUCUUUUGUCAAUAAUGGAUGGUCUCAAAUGCUCAAUUUUGUAGUCAUAUUUUCACUGGCAUUA